AUGUAUAAUACUCUUGCUCCUCUAGUAUCGGCUGCCUUACUCGCUAGCAUAGCCGCUGCUCUUCCAGCGCCGACUCGAACGUUAGAAGAACGAACUGUUACAGCCUCCGUGGUCAUUUCACAAGGCACUCUUGUUGGUUCGGUCCUUAACGGAGUUGAGAACUAUGGUGGUAUACCGUUUGCCGAACCUCCGACGGGGAAUUUGCGGCUGAAGCCGCCGCAGAGACUUAACUCUUCUCUUGGCACUUUCGACGCCACUGGACUUGGUCCCGCUUGCCCACAGAUGUUCUUCUCUACGGAGGGAGAUCUUAUCACCUCUGUGUUGGGCUAUCUGAUCAACACGCCACUGUUCCAGACGGUUACGGAACAAACGGAGGAUUGCUUAACCAUGAGAGUCCAGCGGCCAAUAGGUACUACGUCGGACUCGAAACUUCCUGUUCUCUUCUGGAUCUUCGGGGGUGGCUUCGAACUUGGCAGCCCUCAGAUGUACGAUGGUUCCUCUUUGGUCGCUAAUGGCGUAAGCCAAGGAAAGCCUUUCGUCUUCGUUUCCGUGAAUUAUCGGGUAGGUGGCUUCGGAUUCCUGGCUGGCAAAGAAAUCCUCGCAGACGGCGCAUCUAACCUGGGACUCUUGGAUCAACGCAUGGGUCUCGAAUGGGUGCAAGACAAUAUCGCAGCAUUCGGAGGGGAUCCGGAGAAGGUGACAAUCUGGGGCGAGUCUGCCGGUGCCAUCUCCGUGUUUGAUCAAAUGGCCCUUUACGGCGGAGAUAACACCUACAACGGGAAGAAGCUCUUCCGCGGGGCCAUUAUGAAUAGCGGAAGUGUGAUUCCAACAGAUCCAGUAGACUGUGAUCGCUGCCAAGACAUAUACGAUACUGUAGUCAGCAAGGCGGGAUGCUCCAGUGCUGCCGAUACGCUUGCAUGUCUUCGCAGUGCUGACUACGAUACAUUCCUUAACGCCACGAAUAGCGUUCCGGGCAUCCUCAGUUACAAUUCUGUCGCAUUAUCGUACCUCCCACGACCGGAUGGUGUGGUCUUAAUAGAUACCCCUGACGUUCUCGCCGCCAAUGGUCAGUACGCCGCUGUACCAAUGAUCAUUGGCGAUCAAGAAGAUGAGGGGACCCUCUUCAGCCUGUUCCAGCCCAACCUCACAACUACGGAUGAGCUCGUCGAUUAUAUCUGGAAAAUAUUCUUCCCUGCUAUCGAAAGAGACGACGUCGUAGGCCUAGUUGACACCUAUGACCCGUCGAUUACUGCCGGGAGCCCCUUUGACACUGGUACCUUCAACGCGGUGUAUCCAGAAUUCAAACGCCUUGCGGCCAUUUUGGGGGACAUGGUAUUCACCCUCACACGCAGAAAUUUCCUUGAGUCUACCCUUGCUGUGAAUCCGGACGUGCCCUCGUGGUCCUAUCUUGCAUCCUACGACUACGGCACGCCGAUACUAGGCACAUUCCACGCUUCCGACAUACUACAGGUAUUUUACGGUAUACUCCCAAACUACGCUAGCAAGGCUAUCCAGAGUUAUUACAUCUCGUUCCUAUACACACUGGAUCCCAACAACGGGACGAGCUCAGACAUUCAGCAGUGGCCGCAGUGGAAGGAAGACAAGCAAUUGAUGCAGUUUUGGAAUAGCAACAGUAACUUGUUAGCCGACGAUUUCAGGGCCGCAUCGCAGCAGUACAUAAGCGCAAAUUCCAAGAAAUUCUUAAUCUAA